ACCACAGAACUUCGUACGAGCGCAGAAGACUGGCAUGGAUAUUCCUCGACUUCCUCAAAAUGUGGUAAAUAACGAUCAUUAAAGCAGCGUUCCUAGGAUUUUAACACUUGAUAUCUGCAACAUGUCAACAUUUGGACCUCGUCGCGUCCCAAAUCCUGCAAAGUGGAUCACAGUCUACCGAAAUAAUGAUGAUUACUUCCCCGGAGCUCCCGUGUCAGUCGACGAAACCAAAAUCAGAACUUUUGAGACAUUUUUGGACAGGGUGACCGUCGCCACUAAAAACAAAACUUGUGUUCGAGGAAUGCGAACCCUUAGUGGACGACGGAUUAUAGGUCGUUUGGAAGACAUUGAAAAUAGGGGGAAAUAUGUAGCGAUCACAAACGGAGCUUUUCGAGCACCACAUCCCGAAAAAUUAGAAAAUAGAUCACAGUCCAAAGGAGCAUCACCUGCAGACUUUAACAUUAAAAUCCAUAAGAGAACAAUUCCCCACUCUGGAAGAUAUAGAAAAGUGAAUACUAAGCCAUUAAAAAUAUUUGUCUUUCCCAAUGGUGACGUACUGAAGAAGGCCAUGAAGGUCACUUUGACCCCCAUCAUGCAGCAGGACAUGUACAGAGUGUUGGAGGAGGUGGGCAAACAUGUCUGGAUCAGGACGGGAUGUGUCCGCAAGUUGGUAGAUUUAGAGACUCAAAAAGCCAUCUACACGCCCAAGUUACUAAAAGAAAACAAAGAAUAUGUGGCGGUAGGAAGUGAAGGUUACAAUCCAUUGGACUACAAAGCAGAUAAACCCAGGAUGGACACAUCUACAAAAAUUGUUUCUAAACCUUGGGAACAAAGUUUUGUUGGAAGGAAAAAGAAACAUGGCAGCAAAAAUCACAGUCGAAGUAGCUCAAUGAAUGAUUCAACAAAGUCCAAUAGCAGUGGAGAAAAGAACAAAUCCAUGUCUCCACGACGACCUUUGCCUCCUAUACAGCAGAACCAACAGAGACAGCCACACCCGCCAGCACAGAAACGGGACGAAGACAGCGUAUUCCACGCCAGACCAGUGAAACACAAACGAAGUCCAGAUAAGCCACGGGAAAUUGACUAUGAUGAAGACAAGAGCGGCAUGUUUAAAUCAAAACAACAGAGUAACGUGACCCGUGGAGCCACAGAAGUAGAGGAAACUUUAGACACAAAGGUCGACCUUCCAAUUGACCAGGUUGAGCCAGAGGAGGUCAAGGAAGAGGAGAUAGUGACUGAGGACAAGGAAGUCCCAGAUGACAAGAAUCUGACCAAAUCACCAUCAGAUCCUAACCAGGAGUCAAUUUCGGAGGAAAAAGACGCAGGGCGCGGCCGUCUUUCAUCAGCAGAGGAGAAAGAGCAGAAGGCAGGCUUUGAGGAACGUAAGGAGACAGAUAAUACACAGGAAGUGAAAGAGCAGGGGGAGAAUACAGAUCAAGAUGACGACUUAGAAAAACAAACAGCCGCUGCCACCACCAUUCAGGCCGGUUUCCGUGGUUACAAGGCUAGAAAGCAUGUGGCAGAUUUGAAAGAUGGUGCUACAACAAAUAAUAACAAUAAUGACAGCUCAGAAGAUGACAACAUUCCACAAAGUGAUAACAGCGACCAAAACGUGGAAGAUAAUUCAGACAAGGAAACAGAGGCUGCUACAAAAAUACAAGCGGGUUUCCGCGGUUACAGGGAUCGUAAACGUGUUGCAGAGUUGAAGGGAGAUAGUCAGGACAUUGAUAAAAUGGGUGGAAGAGAAACGUUCACAAAAGAGACAUCUGACCCUGACGACAAGGCAGAAAGUGCUGAAAAUGAGGCAGAUAAAGAUGAGACAGAGGCUGCUGGUCACCAUGACAACGAGGAAGAUAGAAACAGCCAAAAUGAAGAUGGUUCUUCAACUUACAGAGUUGAUGAAACUCAGGAUGACAAAAUUGAUGACCUUGACAAUAACGAGGCUGCCGCAAGUUUAGAUAAUGGUGCUGCUCCAGGUGACGAGGGCUUGGAAUCAGAAACAGACGUGACCCACAAGGAUGAGCCAACUGUCCAUGAACAAAACAAGGCCCACGAUGACCUCAAAGAUGACACUGUGGUGGUGGAAGAUUUGGACAAAGCUGUCACCCCUUCCCAGGAGAAGCCCCCAUCACGUCGUGAGCUGUCUUCAUCUCGGCGCAGAGACAGUGCAAAUCAAACAGAACCUGAUACCAACAGAACAGAUCAAACAGAGACCAGCAACAACAAUGACACUGUCGAUGGCGACGGCCAAAAUGAGUCGUGAUGGAGGACCCCAGAAAGAAAUCUAGAAGAAAUUUGGAAGAAAAACUAGAAUCUGAUUUCAUGCCACAGGGGUCCAAAGCAACAGUAUUAUAGUAGCGAGUCUUAGGAAUGUGAGCAAAAGAGGCAGCAUAUAUUUGGAAAAGGAACUUGGGAUUGCAGGGAUAUAGUCUUUAAAAAAGGAUGUUUUUCACAUAAGUAACAGUGCACAAACACAGAAUUCAUUUGGAGAAUCAUGGUCCAUGAAAAGUGCAGAUGUUAUAGACAUGUUUUUUGACAGCCACCCACAACUUUUGACCUUGACACUUGAAGACAUUUUUCGAGUUGCACGCAAUGUUCCAUUGUGUGUAUUACAUUUCAUUCAAGCUGUUGGGUUGUAAAUGCAUUCUUCCUAAUGAGGGAACAGCAUUCAGUGAAAGAUGAAGUAUAAAAAUUUUUGAGAAAGAAAGAGUGGGGUUGAUAUGGUGUAAACUUGACCAGUGGCUCUUUGGAUAAGACCAUUUGGAUAAUGGUGUCUCAUCUUUCUCUAACCUAGGUCACAGAGGUCAUCACCAUGAAAAAAUUCUUGGUGUUUUCAAUCUCUCCUUGGAAGAUGCAUAAUUUUAUUUUGGACGGACCAGAAAUCAUGAAUCUGCAUUUUGUUUUAUAUAUGAAAUGUCUGCCUUUAUUGAUAUGUUUUACUUGUUAAAAUAUCAAGGGCAGAGAAAGGCUUUGUACAUACAAUAUUUAUAUUUGAACUUCAUCGCUAUCCCAUAAUAUUAAGAUGGAGAGGCAGAUGUUAUUGCAGGGUUUUGAGGGGAAUGUGUAAUAUAAUCCAGUAGGAAUGGUACACAUAUAUGUUUGCUGUGACUUUAUCCAUUUUUGCUUGCACCAAAGUUCAAAUCACUUUUUAUGCAUUUUUAAAGCAGUGAACAUUUCCUGUAAGUUUUUAAGUUGGAAUUGUAUUUAAGUUGUUCCUUGUUUUUUAGAAUCAAAUGCAACGUCAGUUUUUGCAGGUAAAAUAUAAACGUGACCAGUUUCUGAACCUUUUUUUUCCCCCAGUGUUUCUCCAGUUAUGACAUCUGUACUAAAAUUUCAGUAUAUUUUAACCAAAGAAAUCUUAUUCGUGCAUUUCCAGCAGUAUUAUAUUUUCUGGUCAGUCACAUUCAGUUGUCUGUUAUAUAUUGUGAGUGGUUUCAUGACAUUAAUCUGUAAUGUUUGAUAUCUGUAUUAUCUCUAAUCAAUGCUAUUGUGCUGUGAAAGCUGUACACUUCAAGGUUUACCUUUGAGUUGAUCAAGUUUAUGUAACAAAGUAAUAUUAUCAAAUAAGAGAACUUAAGAAGGACAAGUGUUAAGAUUGGAGUUAAGUUCUACAAGCACCUGUGUAGGAAAGAUGAAGGAAGAAAACUCCAUCUUCCUCAACUUCAUCUCCACUCAGAAUUAACAUCCUGGUCAAGAGAAC